AUUGAAGUGAAUAUGCGUAGUUGUUAAUUAGCAGUUGUGUAAUUUUAAUUAAAACCUUAAAAAUGAAAAUCAAUCUUAACAACGAAUUGUUAAAGUUUCAUCUUGUUUAAACAGCUGUUUCAUGGAUAAUAUAAGAACAACCUAUAAUCAUAAUUUCAAAUUACAUCAUUUAAAUUCAAUCGGAUUGGCCGUUGUAACUUUUAAAUUAACUUUGUUUCGCGUCUUAUUUUGGGGAUAUUAAAUAAAAUUGUGGUCUCUAUAUCAUUUCAUGUGUAAUUUAAUUGCCAAAAAAAUAAAAUAUAUCAAUGAUAAAUAAUUAAAAAAAACUUCUUAUCAGCGACUUAUUAAAAAUGGAUUUAAAAGGAGCAUCCAGUAAGACAAUGAUAAAGUUGUUAGUUGUUUAUAUUUUUUUGUUAAGUCAAUGUCUUGCUUUUGACUUCUUAAAAAGAUGUAACAAAUGCUCUAAAGCAUGUCCUAGUCAUCAAGUGUUUUCAAAUUCCGAAAAAGGCAGUUCUUCGACAUGUGCUAAUCCUUCGAAAUCUUGUCAAGAUUCUAAAUAUAGAACUAUUGAUGGAUCGUGUAAUAAUCUAAAGCACACAGAAUGGGGCAUGUCAGAGACACCGUACUGGAGACUAGUUCAGAAUAACUAUGGUGAUGGUAUCAGCUCAUUACCAAUAUCGAGUACGGGAAAGCCCUUGGUUAGUGCUCGUCAAAUCCGAUUAAGCGUUUUCACUAAUAAAGAAAUAAAUGACCAGAAAUACACACUCCUUACUAUGCAAUGGGGCCAACUUAUAGCUCACGACAUGUCGUUGGCAGCCUCACCUCCGUCGUCAGAGGUUCCCGUAUGCUGUACUUCGAACGGAAUGUACACCGAUGAAGCAUCUACAAAUGCUCAAUGCGCUGCUAUUGGAGUUCCAGCCAAUGACCCUGUUCGUAGCCCGCUAGGGAUAAAAUGCUUGGAAUUCGACCGUACAAAAACAACUAAAAAUAACAAUUGCACGGCCCCGAAAGUUCCUGCUGAUCCGAUAUCAUCAACGACAUCUUACAUGGAUCUAUCCUUUGUAUAUGGAAACAAUGAAGACCAAGCAUCACCAUUACGAGCAUGGUGCGGAGGAAGGCUACUGAACGUGAUAAGAAAAGGCCAAGAGUGGCUUCCGCAAGACCCAGAAGCCAGUAUGACGUGCAACAUGAAAAAUCGAACAAAUUCGCCUUGUUAUUUAGCUGGUGAUCCCCGAGUAAACCAGAAUCCUCAAUUAUCGAUACUUCAAGUAGUAUUGCUUCGUGAACAUAAUCGAAUAGCAGACAUUCUGUCAUCAUUAAACCCGCUUUGGACAGAUGAAAUAGUGUUCCAAGAAACAAGAAGAAUCCUCAUAGCAAUGUUUCAGCAUAUCAGUUAUUAUGAGUAUUUACCAAUACUUCUAGGUGCCGAGAACAUGGUUAAACAUAAAUUAAUAUACCCAGACGAACAAAAAUACGUAAAUGAUUACGAUCCGAACAUUAACCCGUCUAUAAUUAACGAACACGCCACAGCCGCCAACAGAUUUUUUCAUAGCUCCGUAUAUGGACACUUAGAGAAAUACCUUAAAAACCGUAAAGAAGCUGGCUCGAUUAGGCUUAGUGACUGGUUGGACGAUCCUUCAGUGAUCGAAAUGAACAAUAAUUUCCUUGAACUGUCUUUGGGCUUGACUAUUGAACACCAAAGAGCCAAUGAUAGAUAUUACGAUGUGGAAUUAACAGAAUAUUUUGAAAGAGGGAGUAGUGAAUUGGGUACUGAUUUACGAGCUAUAGACAUCCAACGCGGUCGUGACCACGGUAUCGGUACUUAUGUGAAUACUCGGGCGGUACUGGGCCUAGACGUGCCCAAAGCAUUCGACGACCUGGUUGGUUUAAUACCCGAUGACCUAAUAGAAAAAUUAUCAGAACUGUACCCAAGCAUUGAUGAUGUAGAACUUAGUGUCGCCGGAUCUUUGGAAAUACAAGAAAAGAACACUCAAGUCGGACCAACGUUUCUUGGUAUAUUGCUAAAGCAAUUUUACAAUACACGUGUCGGUGAUAGAUACUUUUAUGAAAACGGAGAAAAUGAAAAAAUUGCAUUUACUUUAGAGCAGCUUCAGAGUAUUCGAUUAGGGUCGUCGGUGGCGCGAUUAUUCUGUGACAACGUGAAGGGUAUACAAAAGAUGCAACCAAAUCCCUUCGAGAAGAUAUCCGAGAAAAACAAACUGGUCCCAUGCGAAGAAAUUCCAACUAUCGACCUGAAUCUAUGGAAAGAGAAACCAACGUCACUUUUAAAAAUCUGGCUUUCGAUUCUUGGUUCAAUUAUAUAAUACUGUUAAUAAUUUAAUCAUUGUUAUUCGAAAUUCUGCUGAACUAACUUAAAGAGAAUAUUUAGAACUAAAACAUGUUUUUCUGAUAAUAUACAAAUAUCAUUCCGUUCUCAUAAUGUUUUGCCUGCGUGAAUAAAGUAAAUAUAUGUAUAUGAUUA